AUGGCGCCUCGUGCAACGAAGCGCAAGGCCAACGCCGCACCUGCGGCUAAGACGAACGGAAUCAAGAAGGCCAAGUCGACGAGCUACGACGACGAGCUUCGGGAACCGCACCAUGCGGCUGAUGAAGCCGAAAAGCACGGAAUUGUCCUCCGCGAUUACUACCCACCAGAGAUGAGCAACACAAGAGCACGCGCCUAUGCUGAAGAGGCGCUCCGCCGCCCGAUGGAGAACCUGGUUACCGCCCAACGCGAGACAGCGGAGGCUAUGAAAAAGGCUGCACAAGGUGAAGCUGUCGCCCACUGGUUCAAGACUGACUUGCGCUGUGCCGACAACACGUCUUUGGCUUUGGCGGCCCAAAAGGCCAAGGAAAUGAAUGUUCCGCUUCUCUGCUUCUACUUGGUCAGCCCCCAAGACUUCGAGGCUCAUCUCAGAUCGCCGGUCCGGGUCGAUUUCAUUCUUCGUACCCUGAAAGUAUUGAAAGAAGAUUUGGCAAAACUGGAUAUUCCACUCUACGUCGAGACUGUGGAAGAGCGCACCAAGGUCCCGGCUCGUGUGCUUGAGCUGCUUGAAUCGUGGGGCUGCAACCAUUUAUGCGCCAACUUGGAGUACGAGGUUGACGAGCUCCGUCGCGAGACCAAGAUAAUAAGGCUACUGGCUGCAAAUAGCAAGUCUUUCGAAGCAGUGCAUGACACUUGUGUCGUUCCUCCAGGUCAGCUUCGCAGCGGUACAGGCAACCAGUACGCCGUUUAUACGCCGUGGUAUCGCGCUUGGAUGGCUCACAUACAUUCCAACCUUGACUUGCUCGAGCUACAUGAUGCCCCCCCAAAGAAUCCUGCAUCAGCAAGGAAAAGAUUUCAGAAGCUUUUUGAGUGCGAAAUACCCGCGGCACCCAAGGGAAAGGCACUGUCGGCGGAAGAACAGAAGCGCUUUCACUCACUUUGGCCAUGCGGCGAGCAUGAAGCCAAGGCUCGCUUGGACAAGUUCUGCGAGGAGCGCAUCGGCGGGUAUAGCCAACAAAGAAACUUGCCAAGCCAGAAUGGCACAGCUAGCAUCUCUGUGCACUUGGCCAGCGGUACAAUCAGCGCUCGAACUUGUGUGCGCACCGCAAGAGACAGAAACAAGUCAAAGAAGCUGGACAGCGGACAUGAGGGAAUCAAAGUCUGGAUCAGCGAAAUUGCAUGGAGGGACUUUUAUCGCCACGUAUUAGUCAGAUGGCCACAUAUUUGCAUGAACAAGCCGUUUAAGCCGGACUAUGCCGAUAUAGAAUGGUCUUAUAACACCGAGCACUUUAACGCUUGGUGUGAGGGCAAAACCGGGUUUCCCAUCGUUGAUGCUGCUAUGCGACAGCUGAACCACAUGGGUUACAUGCACAAUCGACCUCGCAUGGUUGUGGCUUCCUUUCUCUGCAAGGAUCUACUCAUAGACUGGCGCAUGGGCGAGAAAUACUUUAUGGAGCACCUGAUAGAUGGCGACUUUGCGAGCAACAACGGUGGCUGGGGCUUCAGCGCGAGCGUCGGCGUCGAUCCGCAGCCGUACUUUCGCAUCUUUAACCCACUCCGCCAGAGCGAGCGCUUCGAUCCCGACGGUGACUAUAUCCGUCAGUGGGUGCCAGAAUUGAAAGACCUCGACAACAAGCAAAUUCAUGAUCCGUACAAUCGCGGUGCUGGAGACAAGGCGAAAAAGAAUGGAUAUCCAAAGCCGAUUGUCGAACACAGUGAGUGUCGGGAGCGAGCGCUGGCUGCGUACAAGGCGGCUGUGGCGUAG